AUGUCUGACUCUGAUUCAAAUUCAACAUCCUUCAGUCUUGAUUCAGGCUCAGACUCGGCAGAUGAAGGCACCCAACGUCGUCCUGUGGCUCCACCGAGCAGUGGUGCUUCUAUUGAGCACUACCAAGAGGUACACCCUUCCUUUUCUUCAACAUGGGCAGCUCCAGCAGCGAAACAUGUCUCUGAACGAGAGCAACAACUGAAACGUUCAUGCAAGCGCCCUCAAGCAUCGUCGUCUAAUAGGGUACCAUCAGUGUCGCAAUCGACAUCUGCAACAUCUGCAACACCAUCUGCAUCCGAAUCAACUGCAACCUCUGGUACAACUCCUGACUCAUUGAAGACCAGUGGUGUUGACAAGGUUAUUUUGGGCUUGGCUAAGAAGUAUGCGUUAAUUACGGAGAUGUUUCUCCCAGACAAAGUCAUUUUCCAAAUGGACUGUCCUGACCCUCCAGUUGACUUCUCAAGUCUGGCUUGUUAUGCAAAGAAGUCUACGGAAAAGUCCGCACUCAUCACUGAACUUUACACAUCCAUCGACUACAUGUUGCAUGCUCGGAUGCGAACAAAUCAUUUCUUCAACCAGUUUGGAAGUGGAAUGCAACAAGCUCGCUCUUCGUUUCUCAACAGCCUGCAUUCUGUCGCAGGUGGCAUCUUCAACAUGCCCAACGAGUUUUUUGUCUCCAAAUACGACCGUAAUUCCCUCCCACAGGUCACGGACUUGAUUGGAUGGGAAGCAGGCAAGGGCCAAGCAUAUGAUAUCUUCAAGGUGCCGAUACUUUACCCUGACCAUGUUGUGAAUGAGAAGAAGAUCUUCCAAAACUGGAUAGUCAUCGCGAAGGUUAUCAAGGUUGCAAUAUGUGGGAAGAUGUCAUUGUAUCCCAAAGCGCGCAGUGGACCACCUUCCUAUGCCAAGAUAUGGAAACUCACGAGCUGCACUCCUGGCCUGAUUGCUUUUGGUGUCACAUCAAUCAUAUUAAUCCUAUCACCAGACCAGGAAUUUUCGGGCGAUGGUGUUGGUGCUAUUUUCUUGAUCUCGUAUCAUUCAAUCUUUAAGACUGUCAAGAAGAUUUUCAUCCUUAAGUGUGCACAUCAGCGCAUCAAAUCUGUCGUCGAGAAAAUCAAUGGAUAUGUAUUUGAUGGUACAGUAAAGACACAGCCAUCCAACGACACUUCAUGCACUGUAGAGCACAUCACCAAGUCACUCGAUCACAUCAUGGCUGCGCUGGAUGCCAGUGAUUCAGAUGAUUCAGACUUGAACCAGAGCGAUGAAGAAUUGGAAUAUGUUAACUUGCCAGCUACCAAAGACACACAUCAUUCCACUGCAGCCACAGCUGUAACCAUUACACCCUCGACUCCGAGUCCUAGUGUAAGUGCCGCAGUGGCAGCACCUGACAGGCCCACUGUGACCUCGGACAUUCGAGAUUAUCCCGAUGCCCCGCACACUUCCAUUUUGACCCCACAACUCCCCACUUUUAUGGCACUGCAAGCAGAGAUUUUGGGAGAUCCUGAGGGGUGA